GUGGACCGUUCUGUGCGUGUCUGAACUCAGCGAACAACACGUACUGGUGCGUGCGCACCAUCAACGCCACGCACAACACGCUUUAUUGCGAGUUCAUCACCGGCCUCAUCACCUACUAUGACCUCAACAUCGACCCGUACCAGCUGCGUAACGUGGCGUUCAUGCUGAGCGACGGCGCCGUGGUGCACCUGCACGACGCCCUCACCAGGCUGCGCUCCUGUCGGGGGGCGGGGCAGUGCGAUCUGCUGGAGGAGGCCUCGGAUGUGGCAUCGGCUGAAAGUUCAAUUGGGGACGAGCUCUCCGCUCAACCCAUUGAUGGUUCAAACCCCUUAGGCGGAAGAGGUUCAAGCCCCUCACGUGGGGAAGGUUCAAGCCCCUCACGUGUGGAAGGCUCGAACCCCUCACGCAGAGAAGGCUCAAGCCUCUUCGGAAGCGAAGAAAUUUUUUCUGAUUUUAACGCCAGCGAAGAAGAAUUGCAUGUAGACCAAAGCCCACAACGACAUCGCGACCCAAUCAGAAAUCGCAUCAACCAUCUCCAACCAAUCAACUCUAACGCAAUAAUUUCUGGUACAGUCCACACUAGCGCAGUUACUUCAGGCCCAAUUAGCUCUAACUCAAACACUUCUCAGUCAAUCAGCUCUCGUAGAACCACUUCUGGUCAAUAUUCCGUGCAAAAUAUUAGCGCUUCCAAUGAUGGCCGAAUUGUUUUGAAUUUCAACUUCAAUGUUGACACUCAACCUGACACUGGCAGAGUCCAAGAUGUAAACAAUCAGGGGCGAUACAGAACCGGUGCGGAACGCAAGCUUGGGCCACAUGGAACUGCGGAAGACCCUGAAAACGAGCCUUACAGAACCGGUGCUGAAUCUGUGGAUGGGCCACGCAGAACCGCCAAAGAACCCGACGAUGUGUCAUUCAGAACCGCCAAAGAACCCGAGGAUGUGUCGCUCAGAACCACGGAAGAACCCAAAAAUGGGUCUAUCAGAACCGGCGAUGAGUACGAGGAUUUUCUGGAUGAAGGCUCAGAAGAAUUUCAAAAUCUUUUGAUCCAGGGCUUGGAUCGGCGGCCAUUUGGCUCUAGGAUCGACGAUUCUUUAAUCCACAAUAAAGAAGAAUCUGAUAACAACAAUGUUGUUAAUGGUGAUGAAAUAUCAAACUCGGUUCUUGGGACACAAAGGAACUUGGAUUUUAAUCUUGAGUCGAGUAACGAGGUCACCGAUAAUAUUCUUUCUGGUGGCCAUCGAAUAUACAGAGAAAGGCCCUUCACUUUCGGGCCCACACAGCCCCAGCGAAGGAGGCCCCUGGACAAUGGAAGCCUGGGACAGCUGGGACGUAAGUCCCCAAGACCAAAUUCCCAUCCCAGACCCGAGGAAGGCCAGAGACGCUCCAAGAAAGAAGAGAAGAAGCAUCGCAAGGAGACGCGAAGGUUGCGUAAAGAGCAAAAAAAACGUCGACUAGAGCAGUUGUUGGCUGACUAUGAACGUCAGGCGGCGCAGACGUCGUCAGGUGAUCAGGAGGAGCGGCGACGUAAGCGACGUCUGAAGCGCUGGCGACGUCUCGAGAGAAAACUCCAGCAAAACGCUGCUGCCGGCGACGAAAAUCUGAUUAACCUUCGCCACAGUCCUGAGUAAACUUAACGUUCUAACUCGAAUAUUUACAUCGAAAAGUCAAAGUCUACCAGGUUAUUGCAAAGUCAAUGCAAAUAACAUAAAGCUGGGACACUAUUUACGCGACCGAGUCAAAUUAACGUGAAUCUUAUUUGUAUUUGACGUAAAAAUAUUAAUAGCGAACAUAUUAAAGUUAUCAGUUGAAUUGGAAAGUCACUGUUGACUUUUUUAUUGAAAAUCUCGAGUCAACUUCAUAGGAACUUCGGUGAACUUAGUAUUCGUGUACGCCGGUCACAAUAAAUAAUUGCGUCGUAAAUAAUUUAUUUUUAUAUGACAAAUUAUUUGCCAUAAAAGAAAUUGUCGCGAUACCUCGCAACAAGAAAUUCUUCAGUCUAACGAUCCGACAUUUAACGUUUUUCUGUUAAAAAACGUUUUUCAUGAGAAACUUCCCUUACGCUUUUCAGCCUGAUGAAACGUUUUUCUUGUUGGCCAAUCUUGUUCAUUGUUCUCACUUCAGUUGAUACGAAGAAGGUUUUUUAAUAUUUCUUUUGCUUGUGUAGCAAUUAGUUAACCAGACUGUUAACGUUUUAACCCUCGCCAUGCUAAGAAUAUUAACCUGGUGCCAUCUGGAGUAGCAUAGCCUGCCAUGUUGAAGUAGACUGCUUUUCUAUAGAGUAUAUUUCCUGUGAACUGUGCUAAAUAUAGAAUAUUUUUUCUGCUGUAUUGAAAAAUAUUUUUUUCGGUGUUUAGAGAAUAUUUUCUGUGCUAAAUAGACAAUAAUAUCUGUGCUUGAACGUAUUUAUAGGCGACAUAGAAGACACUCGUGGUGUGCAAGAAAUUUUGUUUAAAUAGACUAAUCAGGGUCGCGCUUACAUAGACAUUUUAGGCCGUAGUUUUAUAACAAGUGUAUGCUGAACUAUGUUGUUUUUCAGCUCUUUUUUGAAAAAAAAACGUUUUUACUUAAUCUAUAAUUUGUGAUCGAUACUUUAUAUGUGGUAAUAUCGUCCGCGAUACAUGUACGAUGAGUGACGCCUCGGCAGCCGCUCUGCUUGGUUUGCUGUAUUCAUUUAGUUGACUUUAUGAUCAUGUCUUCAUGGUUUGAUGUCUUCUAGAUCUUUUCUUCUUGGUCUGCUGACUGUUUGGUAUGGUCAUCAUGGUCUGUCGUCUUACUGGUUUUAUCUUCAUGGACUGCUGACUGCUGUCUUCAUUGAGUUGUCUUCAAGGUCUACUGUCUUCCUAGUUUGCAGUCUUCAUGGUCUACUGUCUUCCUAGUGUGCUGUCUUUAUGGUCUACCUUAUUCAUGGCAUUCUGUCUUCAUGGUCUACUUCAUUCAUGGUUUGCUGUCCUCAUGGUCUACUUCAUUUAUGGUCUGUUGUCUUGCACCUUCUAAAAGCCUUCAGUUGACUCCCAUAUUAAAUCCCGAGCUAAAUUUUUCACAACUAACCAAUCCUACAUGUACGGUAGUGAGGGACAUUCCUGUAGGAGCGAAGGUCUUCAUCACUUCAGAUCCUUUAAAAUGUUCUUUGCAAGCCUCACUCAAUAAUUCAUACAAGCUCCGUGAAUGUCUGUGUAUGUUUUAUGUGUGUGGUGUGUCGUCGUUGUGUGUGUUCCAAAUGUAUGUGGACAAGGUGCAGUUGCAUGCAUUUAUGUAACCGUGAAUGUUGAUUUAACAAGAGUAUUUUGCUGCGUGUGGUAAUGUUGUCAUUGAAAAUAUUGGGUCAUAAGUAAAUAAUGAAUCAUCAGAACACCUCCC